UCGAUCCAGCUAAAAUUUCAAAAAUGGAUGCGAUUAUUGAAAAACUCAUGCGCUUUAUAUCCGUGACGUUUGGUUUUCUGCUUAAUAAGCUGUUAUUUUACGUAUUGAUCUCUGGUCUGUUUAUCAUAAUUUUUAUUCGACUUUUUAUGAUGGAGCGCCUGCAACGAUUGAAGGCAAUAAUCUUGAGAAGCUUGCACGAAUAUGACCACGAAUCUGAGGCAGAAGAUGAAGGAUACAUAGAUGAUGAGUUUCUAUUCAGGGACCUCAAUCCGGAGCAGAGUGUCGAGUUGCAUCGCCGGCAGCGAUUGGAGGCGGCAGCUAAAGUAUUGCGAAAUGUGGCGGACAAGGAGGGAUCCCACAAGUGUCCCGAACAGAGACGAAAAAAAACUGAAUCAACAAAAUCAAGAUAAAUGAUGGAUAGUUACAGCAUAUACCUAAGAUAAUUUCCAUUCAUCAGGAAUGGUUAAAAAUAACACAAUUAGGGAAUGCAGCUUGAUGCUACUGACUUACCAUAACCAAAUAUCCAAACAAAAUGAACUAAAUACAAUUCCAUGCC